AUGACAAAAGAAAAAAAAUUUUAUGAAUAUCUUGCAGAAAAACUUCCCACGUGGGGUAAUGACGAAUUUGUUGUUGAAAAAUAUGGUGUAUCCAUUGCGACUAUAGACAAAUUAUUACCAAAAUUAAAAGAGGAAUAUUUAGCAAAUUGGACAAAAAAAAAAUCAUUCAAUCCAUAUAUAUUGUUGAUGACCUUAAACUUUUUAAAAACAAAUCCAUCAUACAGAACAGCAUCAAAAGAAUUUGGUUGCAGUAAAGAGACCUAUCAAAAGAGGGUAUCAAAUUGUUUACAAGCAAUAGCAAAUUGCCUACCACAGAUUGAAUUCAAAGAUAGAUAUGGUACUUCUACCGAAAGUUUAAAAUUAAACUUAGUAGUUGAUACUACACUGUGUCCAAUAGAAAAACCAUCUAACAUCGAGGUUCAACGACAGCAUUAUUCAGAGAAGCAUAAAACUACAGGAUUAAAAUAUGAAAUAGGAGUUCGUACAGAUUCUGGUUUAGCCUGUUGGUUGGGUGAUCCUUACCGUGGAGGUGAACAUGACAUCAACAUUCUUUUGGAUGGGGGAUUGUUGAACGAAUUGGAUAAAGAUGAAGUCAUUUUUGCUGACAAGGGUUAUCAAGGUGUUUCUGAAGAGGUUAUAACACCAAUCAAAGGAAAGAUUUUAAGUGGUGAAUCUGAAACUCUAAACUUGAAAGUGGUAGAUUCAAAUUCAAUCUUUUCUCUCAUUAAUUUAUUAUGGAACUGGAUACUUAGACAAUCUAUCUUAAGCUCUAGAUUCCCAGAUUUUUUAGAAAUUUUAGAACAAAUUGUAGAGAACUUCAACUGCAGAUUUAAAAGAUUUGGUGCUCUGAAACAGCAAUAUCGUGGUGCGAUUGCAAGAGGUGAAGAAGUUGACUAUUCAUUUCAUAAAUUAAUGGUGGAGGUUGUAGUCAAACUUUGCAAUUUCGAAAUACAAAAUGGUUCUCCACUAAGAGCUGAGUGUAUUUGA